AACAAACUAGAAAAGGAAAAUAAAAUUUGAUUCGGUUACGCUACAGUAUUAAGUAUUUAAGUUAAUUUACGCAGUUCCCGUUUCAAUGAAUUAUUAUUAUUUGGGCAAUGCCGUUGCAGACCACUGUGGCGAGGUUCGCGAGCACACCCAACCUCACGCUAUCAUUACCACAAUCGAAAUUCGAAAACCCUAAAUGCUCCAUUUCUCCUUAAUCUCCAUCCCCUAUCUUCAAUAACACGUUUCGAUUUCAUGUCUGCUCCCGCUGAUGAGAUAUCCAAUCUCGUUAAUGGUAGUGUUGCCGAUGACGAUGAAGACGACGACGACGACGACGAAGGAGAACGCAGCGCUGCUGCACCUAUUGGAAGCAAAGCAAGAAGAAGAAGAGGUGGAUUUGGGAAGGCAAAAGAGAUGGCGAUGCAUCAAUUCACGAAAGCCAAGACUCAAUUGCGCAGAGUCAGAAGCAGGAGGGCUCUGCUUCAAUCAUCGUCAUCGUCAACGUCUUCUGCGAAUGCAAGUAGAAGAGGCUUUUCCGGUAAGGAAACUAGUGUUAGAGGCACCGAUGAUUAUUAUAACGGAAGUAAAUGCAAGUUUUGUUUUUCGCGUCCGAGAGUGUUGGAAUCCCCUGAAGAAGGUGGAUCUUCUGUCACCAGUGAUCCCAAUGACCCGAAAUUCAUCAAUGCAAUGUUGAGGCUCUUGAUAGAGAAGAAUGAUUUUCAUUCCAAAGAAUGCAAUCCACACAUGGAUUGACACUUGAAAGGUUCAGUUCCUUUCUGAACCUAAACAUUGAUCGUUGAUGCUGCUGUUAUUGUUGUUGUGAUCUCUGAGUUUGUUGUAUCAAUUAUUUGAUAUUUAAUUUGCUGUGUUGUGGUGCCCUGCUAUGCAAAAAUGGUUGAAAUCAAAGGAAUUUGGUUCCUACACUUUUGGAUGAUGAAUGGAUUUGGAUGGAAAGGUUUAGAGCAGUGUGGUCCAAGAAGUUGUGGGCAUCACAAGGCACUUGCCGCCAUCAUUCGGUGGUUACAGAUUGAAGAUUAAUUUAGAACAGAUUGUCUACCUUUAAAGCAGCAGCUCUUAUGUCACUUUUCAUCGAGCAGGAUAGAAAGUAGAAACCCUUUCAUUUUCAUUGUGUAGCGGCUACAUUAUUGAAUCAUGUAUCAACCAUUAUUAAAUUGAAUUGAAUUUUCAA